GCCGGCCGAGCCGCUAUAACCCGCGCUCCCGGGGCCGCUCCACACCGUGCCACGCCGCCCGCCGCAGAGCCGUUUUUCCCCCGCGGCCCGUCUCCCCGGUUAGCGCUGCCCUUCCUGCCCGUGGGGUCUGGGAGACACUUUGUUUCUUUACUUAUUAUUAUUACUACGAGUUCUGACCGACGGACACAGCCCGCCGGAGACGCCGUGGUUUGCAGAGCGGGCCCCGGAGCAGAAGCGCCGAGGCGGCCUCAGGGCCAGUGCACCGCCAAGGACAAAAGGAGCCCCGCGCCGCCGGCUGCACCCGGUUUCCCCCCCAGGCUCAGCAUGAAGAAGGCGGAGAUGGGAAGGUUCAGCAUUUCCCCGGAUGAGGACAGCAGCAGCUACAGUUCGAAUAGCGACUUCAACUACUCCUACCCCACCAAGCAAGCAGCUCUGAAAAGCCAUUAUGCAGAUGUGGAUCCCGAAAACCAGAACUUUUUACUUGAAUCCAAUUUGGGAAAGAAGAAAUACGAAACAGACUUUCACCCAGGUACUACUUCCUUUGGGAUGUCUGUAUUUAAUCUGAGCAAUGCGAUUGUGGGCAGUGGAAUCCUUGGGCUUUCUUAUGCCAUGGCUAAUACGGGAAUUGCUCUUUUUAUAAUCCUCUUGACAUUUGUGUCAAUAUUUUCCUUGUAUUCUGUUCAUCUCCUCUUGAAGACUGCCAAUGAAGGAGGAUCUUUAUUGUACGAACAAUUGGGACAUAAGGCAUUUGGACUUUUUGGAAAGCUAGCGGCCUCUGGGUCAAUUACUAUACAGAACAUUGGAGCCAUGUCAAGCUACCUCUUCAUAGUGAAAUAUGAAUUACCUUUGGUGAUCCAGGCAUUAAUGAACAUUGAAGAUAAAAAUGGAGUUUGGUAUCUGAACGGGGACUACCUGGUCCUGCUGGUGUCCUUGGUGCUCAUUCUUCCUUUGUCGCUGCUGAGAAACUUAGGAUAUUUGGGAUAUACCAGUGGUCUGUCCUUGUUGUGUAUGGUGUUCUUUCUGAUUGUGGUAAUUUGCAAGAAAUUUCAGAUCCCUUGUCCUACAGAAGAUGGUUCGAUACUUAAUGAAACCAUGAACAGCACCUUAGCCUUGGCACCUUACCUGGCAUCCAACGUGACUAACGCUGGUUCUUGCCAACCACGUUAUUUUAUCUUCAACUCACAGACUGUCUAUGCUGUGCCGAUCCUGACAUUUUCCUUCGUUUGUCAUCCUGCUGUCCUUCCCAUCUACGAAGAGCUGAAAGGCCGCAGCCGCAGGAGGAUGAUGAGUGUGUCAAAGAUUUCCUUCUUUGCCAUGUUUCUGAUGUAUCUGCUCGCUGCUCUCUUUGGAUACCUGACAUUUUAUGAACACGUGGAGUCAGAAUUGCUUCAUACCUACUCUUCUGUCAUGAAAACUGAUGUUCUUCUUCUUGUUGUCCGGUUGGCCGUGUUGAUGGCUGUCACCCUGACAGUACCAGUAGUUAUUUUCCCAAUCCGGAGUUCCAUAACUCACUUACUGUGUGCAGCAAAAGAUUUCAGCUGGUGGCGUCACAGUCUGAUUACAGUGUCUAUUUUGGCGUUCACCAAUCUGCUUGUCAUCUUUGUCCCUACCAUCAGGGACAUAUUUGGCUUCAUUGGUGCAUCGGCAGCUGCGAUGCUGAUUUUCAUUCUUCCAUCCGCCUUCUACAUCAAGUUAGUGAAGAAAGAGCCCAUGAGAUCUGUGCAAAAGAUUGGGGCUGUGUUCUUCCUGAUGAGUGGCGUGGUGGUGAUGAUCGGGAGCAUGGCCCUGAUUGUUUUGGAUUGGGUACACGAUGCCUCUGCAGGCGGCCAUUAAUUGGCCCCAUCAAACUGAUAGUCCAUCUGCCGCCGCUGGUGUUGAGUCUACACUCGACUAUGAAAUGCCACCUGUUUUCAGUUCACUUCCUUCCGAAGUGCAGAUUCCUCGCUGGUCCUUCUGGAUGCAGAAUAAGUGAACUUUGCUUUCUUUUUGUUUUUUUUUUAAAAGAAGCUUAUCUGUAUGUUAGGAAUGGAUAUUGAUACAAAACCACGAGUCUUGGGUUAAGGGAAGUGACAAUUUAUUCCAUUCCAGAGAAUGGACAAACUUUAACUUUUAUCAAGCCACAUGUUUGGCUGUGUCAUUGUUUAACUUGGAUAUUUUAUGAUUUUACUUGAAUGUGCCUAACGGAACCAUUCGAUGUGAGAAACAAUUCUUAAUUUUCAGCAAAGUAUUGAAAUAAGCGUUGAGAAAAACACUUAUUUUUUUGUACCAAAAAUACUAAAAGACCUCAGAAGCACUAUUUUACUUUGAAGAAAUUGCUUUUUUUGAACUUUAUCCAGAACCAGUUGUCAAUAAACUCGGUAAAAAUAAUUUCAUUGAUAUUUUAAAAUGAAUAUUAGUAUUAUAAAAUUAUUUGCCUUUUUUGUAGGCAUUAUAAGCCAAAUACUUUUUUACCCAAAAUCAUUUUAGGGAAAAUGAUAAUGUAAAAUUGCAUCAUGAAUUAGCAUCCUUUUUUCUUUUUUUUUUUCAUUCAGACUUCAUUAAAGAAUAAUUGGUUAUUGCUGCACCAAAUCAGGUGAACUCUGUUCAUCACUUUCUUUGGCCCCAGGUAAUUGGUUCAUUAAAAUUAAAAUAUUUAGGUCUUCAAUCUAUUAGAAUGCAAAACAGUGCAGGUAUUUCUGUGAGAAAUGAAAACUCAUUUUGAGGUACCAAGUAGUGCAAUUGGGUAAAACAGGGUUCGUUCAGUUGGCCCUGUCCCCGGAGGUGUGUUAGCAGCUCUGGGUCUGUUUUGGGGCCAGCCCUUUUGAAACAUUGCUUCCAGCAGUGAAAAAUGGGCAUUUGAUGGCAACAGGCCAAAACUGUUCUACAGAGUACAACUUUUCAAAAUGCUCGUGUACUGGAAGUGUGAUUUACUUGACACUAUGUGGCUUAGUUGUGUUCGUGUUCUGUCUGCAGUAGAGGUCUAAUCCGUAGGCUACACACCAGUACCGGUGUACUGCACGUAAAAGACUUGCACUGGAUCGUCAUCUCAUUCUUGUACAAUGCAGAAUUAUUUGUUUACAUCGAACAAAUGAUUAGUUAGGGAAAACAGUGCGACUUGAUUGCACUUUGUUUUUGGUCCAAGGGCAUGCUAACCUUUCCAUGUCAGUUCCACUUAGAGAUGAAAACCUUACAUUGACGCUUGGCUUUAAGAGCACAUUUAUUGUAUGUUACAGUGUAUGGUGACUAUAUUAUUAAAUAAUGUGGUACUUUGCUCAUCAGGCACAAUGUCUAAAAUCUCAUAGACAUAAUUCCAUUAUGUGGUUGAGGGAAGCAAUCGGCCAUCUAGUUCUUCAGGUUUUCUCUUGAACUGAGCAUUUCUAGCUUGAGGCAAGGGCCAGAAAUGCGGAGACAAGGUUUUCGUUACACAUUCUUGUAUUAUCUAUGUGACUAAAUUUAUAGGCAAGAUGUUUCUGCUAUUAAAGACCCUUACAGAACUGGAAGACGUCUUGUAGUGCUCCAUAGGACAAAACCAGUGGUCUGUUUUUGUUCCUACGAAGAUGAAAUCAUUGGGGACCACCACCUAGAACAGGCAGUGUGAAGACAACUCUACCGCCUGCUUUCACUUAAUUCAGAUUUCAGAACCUCACCUGUAGUUCAAACCAAGAAUCUGCACUCAUGCUUCAGUUCCUGGAGAGAGUUGAUGAGACCAGCCAGGAAUUCUGAGAAACAAGCUGUUUCCUACAGUUCACCUCUUUUUGUAUUGGAAAAAUUACCAUGGCAACCAGGAAGGAGUGAAGAAAAGAAUCUUAACAGCCAAUCAGCAUGGGGAGAGUCCCCAGACUUUUUAUAGAUGCUGUUUAAGAUUCAAAGUCAAUUUCUAGGCCAAAUCCCAAUGCUUGGAGCUCUUACCUGCCUUGAGGUUCCUAAACAGUGAAUUCCCAUUAAUGAGCAGUCUUCAGUAUUAAAACCACUGUCUUGUCACCUCAUUUUGCAUUACUGUCUUCCGUGGAUGUUUCAGUUAUGACUGUAAUGUUAUUUAUAGAGCAGCAUCAAUUCAUUAAAGCUAACCUAUUUUUCAAUAUUUAUGAUAAACUGUACAUACAUUGUCCAUAUGUAUUUGUAAAUAGGUUGUAUAUAGUGUCAGGAUUGGGUCUUGGGUUCAAAUGUAUAUAUUCCUGUAAGUUUCUUAACUGCAUUUUGAUGAAUUCACAUUAUAUAUAAGCCCCCAAAGUACCUGUACAGAGAAUUCAAUAUAAAAAAUUGACAUUGUGUAUAAAUACUAAACAUUUACAAUACUUGUUUAAAUUGUAUUUGCAAUAAACUGGUUGGACAUCAAAUUUUUUUCAUGAAAACUUGGUGCAAGUUCAGAUCUCUUAAGUUUUAAAUGAGGUCUGAAAUUUCAAAAUGCAGUAGUUAUCAACAUGCUAAAACGGUGUUGAAUGUGAGCUCAUGUAGUGAAAGACCUUUGAGAGUCUUGGUCUGUACAUAGUAUAAAUAUCCCGCUGUACUGUCAGGCCAACAACUCCAGUAUGGCUUGUUGGCAAGGAGUGUUACACCAGUUUCAGUGAAACAAUGUUGUUUUAAUGGAACUAAAAUAAAUACAUGCUUAAUCCUGA